CUGUUGUCGACUCGCUCGUUCAGCUCGUUCAGCUCGUUGGCGAAGUCAGGCGAACUUUGCUGAACCUUGUGUCUGGCCUGGCUCGUUCUGGCUCGUUCUCGAUCGCGAUUUCGAUCUAUUGCGGUCACCAAAUUUUCUGUAUUCUUGUAUUCCGUUCGAAAAGCGAACAGAGCACUUUUUCCAGGACGUUCCGAGUUUAGCAGUUAUAGCUGCAUAACAAUUCUUGAAGUGAAGUGGUGAACAUUCUCGAGAUUCACGAGGUUUGGAAUCGCAAGUGUUCUCGCAACGAAAGACAACUGCAAAACCCCCACUUUUGAAAAAAAAAAAAUUACCUGUGUACACACCUCGAAAUGUCCACGCGGUAUAUGAAAAAGGUUUACGGCGGCGACGUGAUCCUCGAGAAAGGUGACGACGACGUAAGUGACACGGAAAUCCCGGUGACCAACGCCAAAUCCAAAUCCUUCAAUGUUUUUGAUGUGUUGAAUCAGAACUCCGAUAAGGACGAAGAUACUGAUGACAAGCAGGAGGAUGAGGACCUAGUCACAAACAAUACAGAUUACAAUGACACAAAGCGCAGGAAGAAAAAGAAAAAGCAUAAGAGAUUGGAAAAUGAGAGAGUCAAGAGCCAGCAGGAACACGACGCGGAGUAUAAUGAGAAUGUGGACGAGAUUGAACGAAGUGUGAGGGAGGUGAACAAGUUGCUUGGGGAGCCACUGCCAGGUUGUAGUAAUCAAGUUUUGGAAGCGCAAUGGGUAGACAAAAUAUCCAAGGAGAACAUAUUGACUGUACAGCGUAAACACUUGAAUCCAUAUAAUGAAUUGAAGAGGAUUUUUGGUAGUAAAACAAUAGAGGCUGGCCAAAGUAAGAGAAAUAAAGGUCGUCCUGGAAAUACAAAGAAAACAUGGUUGAUUAGCCCACAACAAGAUAAUACUUGGGUACAAACUAAGAAAUCUGGAUUAACGAUGGCUCUAGAUUACUCUAUGAAAACAACGGGGGAUGUACAACAUUUUGUAUAUGAACAUAGCGCCUCAUACAAAGAGAUACAGCAUAAAUUCUUGCAAGCUGUUGAAAGUUUAAAUCCAGAGAACAUAAUUAGUAUAGUAAAUGCCCAUUCUUACCAUAUAGACUCCCUUCUGCAGGUAUCUGAAAUAUGUAAAAUAAAUGAUGAUUUAGCGUAUGCAGCAGAAUUUAUCAAACGGGCUCUAUAUUGCUUAGAAUGUGCGUUUCAUCCGUUGUUCAACAUAACAACCGCGCAAUGUAGAUUAGAUUAUAGGAAACAACAGAAUCGCGCACUUUUUAUAACGCUUUUUAAACAUCUCGGAUUCGUCGGCGGACGUGCUUGUUACAGAACAAGCUUGGAAUUUUGUAAAUUACUCCUGUCAUUGGAUCCUGAAGGUGAUCCAAUAGCAGUGGUCUUAGCCAUUGACUUUUACGCUCUGAAAGCCAAAGAAUACGAAUGGUUCAUACAGUUUUGUAAUCUGUGGGAGGAUUCCAGAAAUUUAACUCAAUUACCAAAUGUAGCGUACAGUCUGGCCCUGGCUCACUUUCGUAUGGGAAAUAAAACUGAUGCCAAUACGCUUCUGCAAAACGCUCUUAUCAUGUUUCCAGGUGUAUUGAUGCUCUUACUAGAGAAAUGCAGCAUACAAACAGACACAAAGGUGAUGGGCCACGAUUUCUUCAACUCUAAAGCACAAUCUAGCACAUCACCGGCUCUAGAGAAGCUACAAAAGUUAUACGUAGUACGUAGCUUCCAUCUCUGGAAAGAGGCAGAUAUUUUACCAUGGUUGGAAGAGUGUGUGCACGUGGUGCUAAAUCGAGUUGAGUCUAAAGAUGAUUAUAUUAAGUAUUGUCAAGUGAAGCGUAGCCAACGCUAUCGGGGAAAGCUGCCGAGAAACAUAUUAAGACACAUCAUAUUAUCGGACUUGCAAGAAGUUAUAGUUAACGUCCAAGAGAUUCAGGGGGAAGAUCCAAUGUUGUCACACGAUCCAUUACCACCACUAGACAGCAUCGACAUUUAUAAAAGGCCUACGGCAAACGAUAGACAAACUGAAAGCAGCUCAAAUUUUUUUUCUCUUUUUUUCUCUUCACUUUUCACGGAUAUCAAUGGCACAGCUGCUGCUUUAAAUGAUUUGAAUCUAUUCGAAGAGAAUGAUGAUCACGCAUAAUGACAACCUUUUCAAAUUGCGUGUGGAACAUAAACAACACCAAAAGAAAUCUGUCCAAACAGUGCAAUUUUAAAUAAUACAUAUACAUUGUUUUAAAUAGUACAUGUAAAAAUGCAAACAAGUCCAUACAAUAGUUUAAGAAGAUAAUUCUAGAAUUCAUUUGAUUUUAUGUAUAAAGAAAUUUCAUGUAUAAAAUUUUGUUAGAAUUUUUGCUUAGUGUAAAAUUGCUUUUGAAUGGUGUGUAGUGUUGCAUUAUUAUGCAUCACUAUUAAACGACAAAUAAUUAUUCUAACAUCAUAAAUCUGUUAUUAUACAUGCAUUUUUUUUAAAGACUUGUAAAUAUGAUAAAUAUAUCUAUCGCAGUAAAUAAAAUACACAGUAAAUUCUA